AUGGCCAACCCUAUUGAACUUCCUCUGGUGGACAUCUCCAACUCACACGAUGUGGCCGCUGGGAAGAAACUGCUCGACGCUGCUGUAAAACAUGGCUUUCUGUAUGCCGACAGCAACAGUACGAUGCUUACGGCGUUGGAUGUUGACCAGACCUUUAAUCUGGUUCGUGAAUACCCCUUGCGUCUAGUGCCGAGAACCGGGGAUGGGUUGGCAUGCAUGUUGAGACGCUGGAUCCUGAACAUCACGAUAGCAUUGAAUAUCGGGGAAUUCCAGGAGGGAAAUCUCCAACAACCACUACCCCCGUGUUUGGUUUCAAGAGAGUCGGAAAUCGCUCGUUUCACCAGUCUCUGCAAUGCCACCUGCAUUCAGAUUCUGAGGCUCCUUGCCCUUGGGCUGGAGAUCGAUGAGGACUUUUUUACCUCUCGCCAUGAUCAAUCAAGAGGUACGACAGGCAACUCGCUUCGAUGGCUCUAUUAUCCAGCUGUGGUCUCAUCAUACCGGCCAGGAAAGGAUAUUCGAGCGGGGGCUCAUUCUGACUACGGAAGUAUCACCUUGUUGUUCCAACGUCCCGGGCAGCCAGGGCUUGAAAUUCUCACCGCAAACAAUGAAUGGGCACCAGUCCCGGUAUAUCCGGAUGGCCGAACAGACUUCCCUUUUCCUCCAAUACUAGUGAACAUUGGCGACAUGUUAAGCUAUUGGACAGACGGCUUGCUCAAGUCAACGGUUCAUCGAGUCGUGUUCUCCGAACAAGACCAAUCAGAUCAUACAUCCAAACCGCGCGAUCGCUACAGUAUCGCAUUCUUCUGUCAGCCAAUGAGUGAGACAGAUCUCAUUCCCGUUCCAAGCGAAAUAGUUUCCCUUUAUCGGAAAGAACAGAAAGGCGAAGAAACUGGGAGAGCGUUUGGCCAUGGGGGAGGUGCCCGUGGUCCGAACACCGGCCAGCCUUGUAUGACAGCAGGGGAGCAUUUGCAGUCUCGUUUGGCGGCAACAUACCUGUAG